UGCAGCUGGAGGCGUGCCGGGCCGGUCCAGUCCGGGCCGGUCCAGGCUCAUAGGCUUCAUGUGAUCCUGCAGGGAGGUGUUUGGCUAAAAGACUUUCUCCACAUCCAGGCUGCAGCAUUUCGGAGCUAACCCGUCUCUCUCACGGAGCUACCGGAUUGCUUGUUUUCAGUGCACCUUUAGGAUAUUUCCAUCUGGCUCAUUCCGGAGAGUGACGCGCUGCAGUUCCGAUCAUGGGAGACGCUCAGUCUGCGCCUCGGGAGGGCGAGGAGGGUGCAGCGGCUGAGGGGGAGAGCGAAAAAGUGGAUGAUGCUCAGACUGAGCAGAAUAUUGAAGACAAGCCUCUUGAAAAAAAUGGGCAGAUCUCUGAGAUCAAUGGAAAAGCAGACGGCUCUAUGGCAGAAGUUAAUGGUCACUGUGAGGAUGAGAUUGAUGCAGAGGCUAUCCUUUCAACAGACGAAGAGGUUUCUGAAACAGAAAAGCCACUUAAAGAAGAAGAAACACCAUUAAAUGUUGAAAUUAAUGAAAAGGAAUCACUCAAUGAAGCUGAUGCUAACGAAGAUGUACCCCUGGACAUUAUUGAAAUGGAUGCAAAGCAUAAUGACAUCAAUAAAGGUUUUAGAAGAUUUUUCAGAAACAUUGGUUUGAACAUGACAAUAAAGAGGGGCUCAGGUGAAAUAGCAACAGAUGUGCCUGAUGAGACCAACAAAGGAGGACCAAACAGAGCAGAAGAUGUUGAGCAUACCACAAAAGAAAAAACAAGUGAUAACGCUGAACAGAAGACUGAUGAGAACAUUGGACAGGAGACUUAUGAUAAUGAUUCAACAACAUGUCCUACCCUGACAGACGUUACAUCAGACAUUCUAGAAAAUGCAGAGGAGAAAACAGAAGAAACCAAAGACGAAGUUGAAUCUGAUAAUGUAGCUGCAGCAAUGACUUCAAUUCUAGGAGAACAUGCACAACAGGAUUCCACACCUAAAGAAGAGUCAAAUUCCACAUCUCCAUAUAGCCGGGAAGAAGAAGUGGUUGUAUCUCCAAUUAAAAGAUUUUUUAAAACUGGAAUAUUUUCUGGCCUACGGAAGAAAAAGAAGCCUGCAGAAGAUGAGACAACUGACAAAGAACCGGAAAACAAGGGAGCAAAGGAGGCCGAAGAGACGAGAGAACAAACUGUACAAGAGAAACAACAGGAUUUAGAGGAGAUUAGUCUAGGUGUUGAGGCAGCUGCAAUUGAGGCAGAACAUAAAGAAAAUAUACUUAAAGGGGAGAUCCUGUCUGCAUUAUCAGCUCAGGUGGUUGAUGCAUCUGCCAUAGAUCCAUCAAUCAUCAUUGUCAGUGAGCCUGAAAUUCUGAGUUCUCAAGAGAAGGACAAGGUUCAAGCAAGUCCUCUUAAAAGGCUGCUGUCAGGGUCUAGUUUAAAGAAACUAUCCAAAAAGCAAAGAGGAAGGAAAUCAAGUGAUGCAAAGCUGUCUGAUUCUGGAGAACAUGUUUCAGAUCAGCUCUUAUCAUCUACCGGGUCAGCUGAGAAUCCGAAAGAAGAAGGUUGUGCACAACAGUCUGCAGAGGCAGUAGAAGAAGAGGAUGGUGCAUGGGCUUCCUUCAAAAAACUUAUGACUCCAAAAAAGCGUAUAAAGAGAUCCUCUUUAAGUAAUGAAGAGACACAAAUCCCAGGUUCAGUAGAAGAAACAAAACCAAGUGAAGGAGGGCAAAUAUCAGACCUCAGCACAGAAGAAGGCAAAAAACGAAAAGACUCGUCUGUUUCAUGGGAAUCUGUUUUGUGUGGAUCCGGCAGGAGAAGAAGCCGAAAAACUUCAGACUCUGAGGACGAACCACUUCAAAUUGAUAAGCAAGAUGGUGGAUCUAAACAUGGUACAGAAAUGGCCCUAGAAAGUUCUAAUGAAGUCAAUGAAAUGUUAGCCUAUUCCCCCAAAGAAGCAGGAAGUCCUUCAGAGGGUGAUGGAGUGUCAACAUGGAAAUCACUGAAAAGACUUGUCACCCCAAAAAAGAAAGCCAUGGAUGAGGAUGAAAGCAAAGAUCAUGUUCAAUCUGAUGAAGUUACUCAAGAUGAGUACUCCUUUUCAAUAAAGAAACUCCUACCAAAACGAAAAAAGAGGAAGACUGCCGAAAAGCAAGACCAAGUAUCUUCAGAUGAAGCUGAUAAGGACGUAGCUUCAGGUGAUGAAGACUCUGAGACACCAGCUGUGAUUCCAUUGUCUGAGUUUGAUACAGUAGAGACUGAGGUUCAAAUACAAACACAGGCAGACAUAGAAAGUCAUAUACCCAAGGAAGGAGGACAUGAACUCCAGCAAGACCUUCUAGAUCAGAUGGCUGAAUCAGUCCUAACAUGUGACAUCCUGCAAACUGAAGUAAAGAAAGUCCAAGACAAUGCUGUUUCUUUAGAAAAUCAGGCAUCUAAAACCCUGGCUACAAAUGAAGAACCUGCUGAUUUUACAGAAUCAAUCAGUAAACAACAACUAAGUGACAUCCCAGAGGAGGCCACUCCAGCUUCAGCCACUGAGGAGGCAGCUAGAGAUGACACCAUAGCAGAGGACCUGAUAGAGAUCACAUCUGAGGCCAUUACUGCACCAGAACCAUUAGACAUUACCGUGGCAGAUGAAACUGAGAUGAUCUCUGCAGUUUCCCAGUUGACUUCAGAGUCCUCAAAAACAUCUGGCAAUACAACACCAGUACCAGCAGAAUAUGACUUUAAGGAAACAGAUGUGCUCCUGUAUCAGGUUGUUAAAACAAUUUCCAUAAGCCCAAACACAGUUCCAGUAUGCUCAAAUGAGCCAAGAUCUGAAAGAAUAGCGGUUUCUGUUUCAAAUCAAAUACUCGAAACAUCUGAAAAAGAACAGCCAACAAUCCUGGAAAUACACCGAAGAUUAGAUGCAACUACCAUUAACACAAGUCUAAAUGUUGAAGAAAUGGACGCAAUUAAUGAACUUGCAGCUACCUAUGAAACAGAAAGCAUGUUUGAAGUCAAUGACUCCUAUUCCGCAGAGAUUGUAUCUGAAGUUCUAACUGAAGAGUUUCACACUGCUGAAAUGACUGUAGAUGAAGUAAAUGAGGUCAACAAUACACAUCAAGAAGAUAGCCUUAAGGAAUUAGAAAGUAUUGAUGAGAGCCAUCAUCUGUUUGAUUGCCCAUCUGAGAUAAAUGCAGCUGUGUCUAAAGAUAUAUUAUCUGAAGGUGACGGAAUUGGUCCAGAUGAAGUUUCUCUAGUUAAGGCACAUCAAGCUAAACCAAAGGCCCCAAAAAUUGAUGCUGAUUCAGCUGCUACAGUAGCACAUACAACCAAGGAUGGGGCUAUGGAGCAGGAAGUCCAAACUGUGACAGAAAAGAAAGAUCAGAUCAUGCACAAUAGCCCGGAUCAAAUUCAAGUUAAGGAUAAAUAUCGAGCAAUAAUAUUGGAGGACAUCCCAGCCGCCAAAACAUUUACAUAUGAACUCAAAGAAGAAACAGUGCCUCUAACUGAAGUCAACAUGGAGCCAGAAAAGGAAGAUGAAAUAGUAAUAGAUGCCAAAACUGGAAAUGUUAACGUAACAGAAGCACUUGACACUGUGCAAGCCUCCACAUUAAGGGAGGGCAGUGUUCAGUCAGGAAAGGAGGAAGUAACAUCCGAGGACAUUCCACUAACAGAAACAGUUACAGACCCCAAAAAAAAAAAAAAACAGACAGAGGAGCAUCUCACUCAAGUCAAAGUUGAACCAGAAAACAAAGAACUAAAAGCAAAUGCUGUCAAAACUGAACAUGUUCAAGAACCACAAACUGUUCAAGAAGACACAUUCUCUUCAGAAGAGAGCAGUGUUCAGUCACUUGAAAAAGAGGAAAUAUCAGUGGACGUUCCGGAAGCAGCAAAAGAUACAGAUGAACCUAAAGAGGAAACAAUAAUUUUCAGUGAAGACAAACUUCAGCAAGUGGAUGUUUCCAAAACUGAAUGUGUUCAAGAACCAGAGUUAUUUCAAGCUGUACAAGGAACCAUAAGAAAUUCAGAGGCGGGUAGCUGUUUAUCACUUGAAAAGAACGUAAUACCGGAGGAUAUCCCAGCAGUGGAAAGAGUUACACAUGAACUCAAACAGGAAACAGAAAACCAGAAGAGAGCAGUGGUCAGUCACUUGAAAAAGAGGUCCUAUCUGAGGAUGUUCCAGAAGCAGAAACAAUUACAGAUCAACCAAAAGAGGAAUCCACACUUCUCACUGAAGUCAAGUUUGAGCCAGUGGAGGCUUCUCAAACUGAACAUGUUCAAGAACCACUAG